AUGUCCUGGCUCGAGGUUGGCAAGCGUGUGCGGGUCAACGGUGCCUCAGGCACCGUGCGCUUCCUCGGCUACACCCAGUUCUCCAAGGAAAAGGUCGAGUUUGUUGGCGUCGAGCACGACGAGGCCAUUGGCAAGCACAAUGGAACGGUCCGUGGCGUGGCCUACUUUACAACUGCGCCCAACUGCGCCAAGUUCUACCAGCGCUACGGCGGGAGUGCACAGUUUGAGCGGGACUUGCCCAAGAUGACGCACUCGUCCAGGACGGCGAGGGCGCCGGCGCUAGACAACUCGAUUUUUCUCAAGACCUACUCACCCAUGGACGACGUAGCUGUCCGGCGAGUCCCGCUUGCGCCAAAGUCUGCCACACGGCAUGCAAUGUUCUCGCCGGCCAAACCGCGGCCCGCGUCCGGCGCAGCGUCGGCGCCGGCACUGUCGCCUGCUCAGCGGCGCGCGGCCUACGCCCGGACCAUCCCGCGGCCGGAGCAACAGGGCGUGUUCUCCGGCGAGGCGCCGGCGUCGUCGCCGGCCGCGCUCCGUCGCAAGCUCAUUGCCGUUCGAGAGAUCCUCUCCGCCGAUCCGUUCUACACCACCGCCGCCGCAGGCAUCGCCAACUCGGAGGUCAAGCGCCGCAAGGCCGCGUCGCGAGCCGCACUCUCCGCCGAGAACAAGCGCAAGCGCGACGCGGCCCGCGCCCGCGUCCGCACCCGCAAGCGCGUCCGCACUCGUGUCCAUCGCGAGCAAGAUUCAAAGCCGUCCCACUCCCGGUCCGAGGCCCAGACUGACCAGUCGCCGUCGCCGUCGCCGUCGCCGUCGCCGUCGCCGUCGCCACCGCGGCCGCACAGGUCGUCGGCCUCGCGUCCGUCUCGCCGCCGGCACACGCCACCACCUCCGUCGUCGAACUCCGACUCGGACGAUGGCGAUCCGGCUACCGAGGCAUCGCCCAAGGCCCACCCUCUGGCGCCCGGCCCUAAUGCUACCGACGAGGCCUCGCCCAAGCGGCGCAAGGUCUACCACAUCCACCACCGGACCGGGGAGGUCGAGGUCACGUACUCGAAGCCUGUUGGCAUCAAGUCUGGCUCGCCAGACCACCACCACCACCACCACCACCAUCACCACAACUCCGCCCACCCCUCCCACGAUGCUCGGUCGACCUCUGACGGCACCGCGCCGGUAGCGGAGGCAGAGCCAGCUCCUGCGCCAGCUCCCGCGCCAGCUCCGGCCCCUAUCUCACCGAACGCUUCAACUCGCUCGGGCGCCUCACACACCCGCAAGUCCAAGUCGAAGCGGUCGUGGGUCCCGGCCGACCUUGUGGGCAAGUCAAAGGACGAGAUGACGCCCGAGGAGCGCAAGCGGUACAACAAGGCCAAGAAGGCAUCAAUGACGCCCGAAGAGUGGAAGGCAAAGAAGGCGGCGUCGAUGAAGCGGCGCGCGGCGCGUGCGGCCACCUCGGUGUCCGACGCCGGGCUUUCAGAAGACGUCGCGCCAGGCGGAAGCGCCUCGAGCGUCCAACGGCACGUGCCCGAGCCGGUGGACGUCGACGAGCCGCCUGCGCUCGUCUCGGCCCCGUCGGUCCAGUUCCACGCACUCAAGAAGGACAUCCUCAUUCCGUUUGACGACGCCGACUCGGACAUCGACUCGGACGACGAGCCGCCCACCGACACCUCGACAUCGUCCAAGAUCCUUCCGCCCAACCCGGCGUUCUCGCUCCACGAGGACCUCUGGAUCCCGCCGGAGCUCUCGACAACGCCCAAGACUGAGUUUACUGCUGACGAGCGGGCGCACUACGUCCGGGCACGCAACUCGUAUCUGGCCGACCACUACGCCGCUUCCGAGCGCUCGCUCAUCCGGGCGUGGUACAACGGCAAGGCGGCGGCGCACAACGCGGCACUUGCGGCGUCUGAGCGGUCCCGACCGCAGUCGCCGGUGGACAACGACACGCCGCAACAGUGUUACGUGUGCGCCACACGGCCCAUCGACCCGGACCGCGAUCUCCACUGGCUCCCGUGCAAGCACCACCAGGUCUGCUCCGGCUGCCGGUCGCUGCCGCACCUGCGGUGCGCUACAUGCAAGCUUGCCGAGGCUGCUGCCCUCGAGGCCCUCGAUCGAACGUGCCAGGCGUGCGGCGCGACCGAGAGCAAGCCGGGCGUCCAGCUCUCGCUCCUUGAGUGCAAGCACGGCUACUUCUGCGCUGGCUGCCACGCCGCCCCGCAGUUUUCUUGCAUCCGCUGCGUCCGCCUCAUGCGCCAGCGCUCGCUCUCAGUCAUCCGCGAGUGUGCUGUCUGCCAGGCGACGGACCCCAAGCUGCUGCGGCGGACCGAGUGCGGCCACGCGUUCCUCUGCAAGGGCUGCGCCACCCUCCCGCAGUGGAGCUGCCGCGAGUGUGCCCACAACGUGCCGCCUAUUGUUUCUCCGUGA